AUGUUCUCUUCACACAGCCGUCCAAAAUCCUUCACGAGGUUUCCUGAACUACCCCUUGAGCUUCAACGCUUGGUGUGGAAAUUCGCUUCUUUUGAACGUCGCCAUGUACCCGUGGCUGCAAAGCGAUGUCAUUCUCUCAGCAAGCAAGUUACCGGAGAAGAUGAAACUAAACAACUUGUCAGAUUUCGAUCCGAUACUCCCAUUCCCACACUAUUUAGUGUUUGCCGAGUGUCGAGAGUAGAAGCCAAGAGAUACUACAAGAAAGCUCUUGUAGCCGAACACAACUUCAGAUUCUUUUCCAUCGGUCUCGCUCCCCGAUUCUACAUCAAUCCCCACUGCGAUGUCAUUUGUCCCGUCGGCAACCUAUUCGGACAUAUCACAGUUAUGCUCGUAGUCUCGAUGCACAAAGCCCAGUGUCAGAGCAUCGCACUCGAUCAAUCGCAAUGGGGUGCGCCAGGCAAUCAGUUCAUCGGAUCGGCGGCUCUCGAUCAAUGGCUAACCAGUAUCGUGCGUCCUCCUCACGCCUUGAAGUCAAUCACUCUCUACGCAGGAACAGACUACGCAGCCUCAUACGCAUACGAAGAUGGAUCUCGAGGCUUUCCGCACAUCGUCUCUUCGAUCGAUUGGAAUACCAUCCAAGAGACAGAUCAAUGCGCACUCGGAAUCGCAAUUACGGAUCUCCAUAGAUCUAUCACCAGAUAUAGAGACCUAGUUCCAAAAAUGGUACAAGACCGUCAUGAUGUUGAAAAGGGUCUUGCGGGUCCGCCGACACAUCAAUUGUUGACCAGAAUACCCGUUUUUCACCAUCUCUCAACAGAGGUUCUGGAGAAGUGGACGCCUCCCAGGUUGAGCCUGUUGAUGCAUGCAAUUCCGAAGUCGCUUAGUGGGAUUAUGGGAUCGAAGAAUCCGUUUGAGACUUGGCAUUGUGAGAGGGGGUGUCUGAAUUGUUUUUCGAGGGUGGAGUGA